AUGUUCUCCAUCCAGACCGCAGCCGUUAGCCUUCUUGGACUUUUCGCAUUGACUGCCUCAGCCUGGCCGAUCUUUCAGGACGGACAGGAAAUUGACGUCGUCACCGUCUGGCAAGACGUCAACCGCAUGGACGACAGAAUGGGCCUGUGCGACUUGAACAGGUGCUUGGAGUUUCCACCUGGCAAUGAAUGGAACAACGCCAUCUCUUCCAUGAUGGUUAGUGAUGGAUAUUCCUGCACUGCGUGGAGGAACUCUCGUUGUGUGGGUACCCCGAUGCGGUUGGACAUGCGUGGUGCAUUUGAUGAUCUGAAUGUGGAGGGCAUGAAUAAUAUGAUUGGAAGCUUGAUGUGUAGACAGGUUAUGGAAGAAGAACCCCCCGCCGCCAUGCGAUUGACUGUCGAACUCAUCCAGAAUUCCCUCUCGUACAUCAACCCAUUGAAGGAUCGAGAGCUAGACCUCCGAGGACACAAGAUACCCGCCAUCGAGAACUUGGGUAUUGCCAGGGAACAAGAUGCAAUCGACCUCACAGAUAACAGCAUUUCCUCGCUCGGGAACUUCCCCUUCUUCCCCCGCCUUCACACGCUUCUCCUCGCGCGCAACCGUAUCAAGCAGAUCCAGCCGACGCUAGCUUCCUCGAUCCCGAACCUGAGCACGUUGGUGCUGCACUCGAAUAACGUGACGGAGUUAGCCGAUCUAGACCCGUUGCGCAACUUGUCCAAGUUGACGCAUCUGGUGUUGUUGGAGAACCCGAUCACGAGGAAAGAGAACUACAGGUACUGGGUGAUCUGGCGCCUCCCCAGCGUGCGUUUCCUCGACUAUCAGAAAGUAAAGGAGGCCGAGCGCGAAAAGGCCCAGGAACUAUUCGGCACGGCCGAAGAGCCAUCCGCUCUGGCAUCCAAGAUCAUCGGCAUCAAGUCGCGCACCUUUGACGUUCCCUCGGGUGGUCCUGCAGACCGGGCAUCUGCCGACAAGGCGGUGCGGGUGCAACUGACCGACCAAGAGCGGAAGCGAGUCGAGAAGCUGAUCCGCGAGGCACGGAGCUUACAGGAGAUCUCGAAGUUGGAGAAGGAGCUCAACGAGGGCCGGAUACCUGGGGGUGCGUUCGAUGUGGGCUACGAUGAUGAGGACGCGCAGAUGCAGAUGUGA